AUGGCUCAGGCUGGAGUGGUUCUGGAUAAGGACCAGUUCAACUGCUCGAUAUGUCUGGAUGUGCUGCGGGACCCCGUGACCAUCCCCUGCGGACACAGCUACUGCUCGGAGUGUAUAGAGAACUACUGGGACCAGGACGACUAUCUGGGGGUUUUCGUCUGUCCGCAGUGCAGGCAGAACUUCAACCCUAGGCCGCUGCUCGCCAGGAACACCAUGCUGGCAGAUGUGGUUGAAAAAUUCAAAAAGACCGGACUACAAGAGGCCUCCACCCCCGGGAACCAAAGCUUUGCCGAGGCGGGCGACGUGGAGUGCGACGUGUGCACCGGGAGGAAAAACAAAGCGGUCAAGUCCUGUCUGGUGUGUCUGGCCUCCUACUGCGACAUCCACGUUCAGCCCCACUACGAGUCUGCUGCUUUCAAGAAGCACAAGCUGGUUUCUGCCUCCAAAAAACUCCAGGACACGAUCUGUGGUCAACACGACAAGUUACUGGAGGUUUACUGCCGGACGGACAAACAGUGUAUCUGUUAUCUGUGUCUGACCGACGGGCACAUGGGACACGAUACAGUUCUGGCUGAGACCGAGAUACAGCAGAGACAGGUGAUCAGAUCGAUACUCAUGAUCAAACACGGUAUUUACUCAAGGAUAAACCUCAUGAAGGAAGGACACUUUAUACUUUUAUGUUAGUCAUUCUUUAUAGUGUUGCACGAUACAGGGUUUAAAUGGCAGAUCUCACUCUGAUCAUUGAUAUGUUUCACUUUCAUUUUCAUACUUUAUUUCAUUUAGUUAAUAUUUAAAACAUUCAAUACAAACAUAUCGAGUCUGCCCCUCUUUCAUAAUCUAUUAAUCAACUAAACACAUAAUCAAUAUAAACAAGAGCUGCAGGCCAACAUGCCUUUUUACACUUCAUUAUUUCUUAUCUUCAAAAAUAAACCAACAAAACAAACAGAAAAGACCACGUUAAUUCACAGUUUUUCCACAAAACAAACAUACCAAGACUUAGAUUGACAUAUUUCCCUGUAUUUACUCAACAUACUGGCUUUGACACUUUUUUUUUUAAGAUAAAAUUUAAUUUAGUUUCUUUGUUCAGAUUGUUCGAAUCCUUUUAAAUUAUAACAACUUUCUCUUUUUUUCAAAUGGGCUCUGGAUGUUGACUGGUAAAACUUUCCUAUUAGCUUUAUACAUAAUCUGCAACAGACUGAAAUCUACUUACUCGUUGAAUUUCAACAAGAGCAAUCUAACGAAUAAUGGCUUUGAAGGAUCUCUGUAUUGACUUCUACUAAUAAUUCAUAUUGCUCUUUUUUGUCAAAAUUGGCUGGAUGGAAGUUUUCAACGCAGUAACUAUUGAAACCAAACGGGUAUUUAUCCCGUUUGAUCUCAUCUUUCCUAUCCUGUUCCAAAAUGUCAAAACUGGUUGUUUUCCAGUCUCUCUGCUGAAAAAAGAAAACCAUAAUUUGAAUACGACAGGGUUUAUUUCGCUUUGAAGUUUAUUUUUGGGCUUAUAUGCUGAACUGAAACUGUGGACUGAGUCAAACCUGGGCUGCCCGGGCUUCUUGUGAUUUAACUCAUGAGCCAAACUUGCACCUUUUUGCCUUAAAUCAGUGGUUCUCAUCCUGUCUCUCUCUUGGACCCAGAUUUUCCCAUUGUCCUGAAGUCGUGACCCACUUUUAUAAAAUUCAAACCAAGCAAAUUUAUUUUUUAUAUUAAAAAAAAUCCUUAAAAGACUCUAAUCUUUCACAUAAAUACACCUAUUUUAUUGAGUAAAGUGCAGACCACAUGAACUGAGGACGACAACUACUAAAGUUGCAUAUACAGAAAAUAUCAAAUUUCAAAUUGCACGAAAUAAAGAUAAAAAAAAUAUAUGUAUUUUUACUGCAUUCAGGCCACAUUAAUAAGAAACCGAGGAGGACCACGACAUAACACUUUCAAAAUAAGCUAUUUUUCAAAAUAAAAGACAUGUCAAACAUCAGAUGCGCAUUAGAUAUUUACUUUUUUGACCAGCUGUUCACGACCCAUCCAGAAUGUGUCCAUGACCCACUUUUGGGUCAGGACCCACCAGUUGAGAACCACUGCUUUAAGUAAUAUACCACAACGCAAAGGUAAUACAUUGAGCCAUCAAAAAACUAAUGCUCAUAUUUAGGCGUUUUAAAAAUCAGUGCAGACACUUGCUACUUAAAAUAUACUUCCAUUUCUAUCAGAUCCUCGUGAUGUUGAAGUAGCAUCAGUUUACAUUUUCAUUAUCUACCUCAGAAAGAGCUGUGUGACAAGAAGCAGAGCUCUCAGAUGAAAAUACAUCAAAGGGAAAAGGAGGCCCAAGAACUGAGACAAGCUAUUUUCUCCCUCACUGUAAGUACGAACACGAACUUUGGUCUGAUUUGUAAAUAAAGUGGUACCACAGUUCCCUGUUCUUACACCCAUAACAACCCAUGUGCCAUAUUGCUCUGUCUCAUUAUCAGCGCUCUGCUCGAGCAGCAGCCGAGGAGAGCGACGCCGUCUUCACCGAGCUGAUCCGUUCCAUCGAGCUAAAGCGCUUCGAAGUGAGAGAGCUGAUCAAAGCCCAGGAGAAGACGGCUGUCAGUCAGGCCGAGCAGCUGCUGGAGAAGAUCCAGAGGGAGAUCGCUGAGCUGAAGAAGACUGAGGCUGAACUGGACAAACUUUCCCUCGCUGAAGACCAUAUCCAUUUCUUACAGGUAAAACCAGCUCAAACAGAUUUCAUCUUUACUGUAUUGUACAGUAGCAGCCUAACUCUUGAUUUCUUUGUGUUUCUACAGAGUUGCCAGUCUAUCCAUGUACCUGUACUGUCUGUGCUGCCCUCAGUCAGUGUUGAACCCUGCCUCACCUUUGGCCCAGUGAUGACAGCGGUGUCAGACUUUAAAGGGCUGCUGCAGGAGGUCUGCCAGGGAGGAUUUGUCAGCAUCUAUGAGAGAGGUACACGGAUUUUUAAUAUUAUAUCAAGUGUUUUUAUCUGAUACAAACUUCGCUGUGAAUGUGUGAUAAUCAUAUCAUGAUGGGGUUUGAUAUUUCUUUUAUUCGUAGUGAGAGAUGUGAUCAUAGUAGGACCCUCAAACCCUUCAGUCCAGCUCGAUGGAAGGCAGCCCAGUGAAGGUGCAUCAGCUGUGGACAUGGAAGCAACACAAGGUGAGAGUGUGAUCAAUAAGUGCUCUUCUUUUUGGGAUAAUCACAAAAAUGAAGCGAAGAGUUUUUGACUCAUCCGUUCAGCCGAGUCGAUAGAGGUUUUAUUUAUUUAUUAUUAUAUUAUAUAUUUUUUAAUUUGUUUUAUAUUUGUUUUUUAUCUACCUAGGUAUUUUAUAUUUGUUUUUAUUUAUGGUGUAUUUGUACCUCAAUUUUACUUUGCUGUAUUUUAAUCUUGUAUUCUGUGUUUUGAUCAUAUUGUUUACUGUCUGUUUUAUGUAUUUCGCUGUGUCUUGUUGACCUGUACAGCACUUUGGUCAGCUUUGGUUGUUUUUAAAGUGCUCUAUAAAUAAAGUUUGAGUUGAGUUGAUAAGUCUUCAAGUGAUGGUUGAAAUUUUUGUGUUCUGCUCAGUUUUUGAGAGUCUUUCUACAGCAGAACAAUUACACGUUUUAGCAAAACUGUCUUAAAAAGAACAAAAAAAGAAAUAUCCUGAUAUUACUUAUUGUCUCCUACUUCAAAUUCUUUCAAAUAUAUUCGUUUAGUAUUAGAUUUGAAAUGUUAAAUCCAUCCCUUCAUGUAUUCAUCUGUAUCCUGCAGACCCGCUCAGUGUUGACCUUGUUUAAUGAUAUUAUUAGGAAUAGCUUUUGGUAUUUACAGCAGAAAAGUACUAAAAACAGUGUUAUGAAUAUCACUACAUGAUGCCUUUGCUUGUAUUUCCCAUCAGACCACAUUCCCACGCUACACAAACACCUUAGUCAACCUGUUUGUUUAUUGUCCAGUCUGCUGAUCGUGCACAAGAGGAGAUGUGACUCUGCUGCAGACUCUUACAGAGACUCUGCAGUGAUAACGUUUGUUUUUCUUUGACGUUUCAGUGAUCCCAACAGCUGGUCUAGACCAAAGCCCUGUGAACCCGCUCAACCCUUUCCUCAAUCCAGGACUGCCUGUGCCUGUGCCUGUGCCUGUGCCUGCGCCCACAUUCUCCUUUUCACCAUUUGGUAAAUACAACCAAUAGCAACAUUCUUGUAUUUCAGCCCCAAACAGCCUGCAGAACAUUAAUUAUUGCAAGGAAAGAUUUAAAGUUCUGCCCAAUAAAUCUGGCAAAUAAUAAUACAUUUUGGUUUCUGGACUCACAGGAGAAAUCUUAAUUGAAAGACUGUGGUCGCAAAUCCACAACAAACAAGAUCAACUUGUUCCCCACAGUUAUAAUUUAUUCAGGAGGAGGACUGGACUCUUAAAUAUUGUUGACAAGCACUGAGUCUUAAUGUCGUUUAAGUAAGAUAACUAUUUGUCUCACAAGUUUAUUGCUGCAAAACAAAGUUUGUAUUUUGCGUCUAACUUUUAAGAUAAAUUUCACGUGCAGAAAUUGAGGAGUGAUGAGAUAACAUCAGGAAUCUGAGGUGGUGUGCUGAAGUUUGCAGAAAGCACCAGUGCAUGACAGCAGUGGUUUUGGCAAACAGAGACAGAAACCAGAAAUUUCACAGCGUAAAUAGAUCACCAAAUUAAGAGGAUUUGUUCAUCAGCUGAUCGAGAGAAUGACAUGUCAGUGUAAAUAAGUGCAUUUUGAGUUGUUAGCCUGAACUAACUCACUCCUUUAAAUAAUUACUUCAAUAGUUUAUAACUUUCAGUUGCCAAUUAGUGUUUUCUAGUGAAUAUUGCCCCAUUUCUUCACUAAUAUCGUCUCUUCUUAUUCCAGUAAUAUGCCAGUCUUAAGGUCCUUUCACACCGGGACGAUUAUUUUGGAUGUCUAUAUUUUUUUUCGAACCCGUAUCCUGUCAAUACAAGCGUUCACAUCAGCGACGUUUUCCCGUUCCUGCGAUAUUGCGGCAUUCAUUUUUUCGGAUCAUGGUCGAUUUUUCUAAAGUUUCGCAUAAUGUGUGUCCACUUCUGACCAAUCAGAUUUCGUGUUGUUGCGACAUCUGAUUCACCGGUAUAUCCAACAUGGCCAACCGGCUGAUUGUUUACGUGUUGGAGAACAGAGUGAUUUUUGAUAAAAGGCACAAACAUUAUAAAGAUAAUGACCUGAAGGACAACUUGUGGUUUGUGUGCUUUAACGCCUUUGUUUUAACUUUCACCUGUGCUAACGUAAGCUAACGGUUGUUAGUUUAAUGUGCUUAUCUGGUACUGGCCCCAACUCAGUACAUGCUAUCAUGACAGACAGCCAUCUCAACACUAGAGUCUAGUGUCUAGUCCUCUGCCUCUUCAAACUUGGAGCUAAUUGUUUGAGUGCUUUUUGAUAAAAGGCACAAUGGUUUGUGUGCUUUAACAGUUUGCUAAACGUCUUGUUUUAACUUCUGUGCUAACGUAACCAUAGUUUCAUGUGCUUAUCUUAUCCCCUCUAAUUGGCUGUAAGUGCUGACCGUUUGGCUUGAGCGUGUGAUGACGUUUCCAGCUUUUCUAGCCAAUCAGAGGCGAAGGAGGCGGGACUUUCCCCAGGAAAAGUCUUCCCCGGGAUCCGCGUUUUUCGGAAAGUCGCGAAAUCGCAUCGACUUGAUGCGUAUAGUCAGGCGCGUCAAAAUUCGCCUCCGAAUAUUUUGUAAUUUUGUGUUCUAUAUUCGUGUCGGCUCCGGUGUGUGAGGACCUUUACACUUAUCUCCACUUUCUAUCCAAUCAGCUUUAUUUAAACGACAUACGUUAACAACAACAAAGUUUCUAAAAAGGCCAUUCAGUGAAUUAAAAUUGUAAAGCUGACAAACUUUCCAACAGAGGCAGACUAAACGAACCACUUUCUGAGGCACAAAUAUCAUCUGUGUCCUUGUAUCAUUUAUUUAACACAAACUUUCAAAGGAGCAACAAAACCUCUCUGAAGUGAUUUUCUUUUGACUCCAUCUUAACCUUUUUUCGCAGCCUCAGAGCGCAGUGCAUUCAUCGUUUCUCUUCUUUCUGUUCAGGCUCCAAGUUCUCCUCAGGAUCCAGACAGAGGCAUCUGCAGCGACGUGCUCACCCCAGGAGGAAGUAG